UCCACGCUUCCCUCCUCUAUUAUUCCUUCUCCCACUCUCUCUUUCUCUCUCCUCCUAAUCCACUCUCCACUUAUUUCCAGCCUGUUUUUUUCUUUCUUCUCUUCCCACUUCAUAAUAAAACCCUCUUUUAUCUUUCCAUCUCUCUAAUUUCAUACCUAAAUAUAAUGCAACUUUAACAAAAGACACAAACCAAAUAACCAAAACCAAAACAAUGGAUCCUUGCCAGUUCCUAAGAAUAGUGAUCGGAAACUUGGCAAUAAAAUUCUCAAACUCUACCUCUACCACCUCCUCUACCGCAUGUUAUUGUAAGAUUAAACUAUCAGGGUUCUCGGAGCAGGCCGCUACUGUCCCUAUAGUUCCUACAGAUCUAGCGCACCCUGACGCUCAGAUCCAGACAGUGUCGGCCUGCUUCAAUCUGACUAAGUCAGAUUUAGAGAAACUAAUCAAAUCUAAGACCACUACCACAUCUAAAUCAAGAAAUACUACUACCACUACUACGACUACUAGGUUAAAUCUUAAGAUGGACGUGUACACUACUAAGUCUCCUGAAGGGUGUGGAUUUGGCUCGUCAGGGAAAUUGUUAGGAACUGUUUCGAUACCUUUGGAGUUAAGUCAGCAAGUUCUUGAAGGAAAAACAAGUACUAUGAUGCAAAAUGGGUGGGUUUUGGUUGGAGAGAGAAAAAAGAAAGGUUUAAAUCCACAACUUUAUUUGAGUGUAAAAGCUCAACCUGAUCCGAGAUUUGUUUUUGAAUUUGAUGGUGAACCUGAGUGUAGUCCUCAAGUUUUUCAAGUUCAAGGGAAUAUUAGACAGCCUGUUUUUACUUGCAAGUUUAGUUUCAGACAACCUGCUGAACAUAAUUUGAGAUCAAGCUCAGCAAUGUCAGAGCCAAGCACAUCAAGAAGCUGGCUUAGCACACUUAAGCCUGACAAGGAUCAUCAUCACCGUAACCGCCACCAAGUGAAAGAGCGGAAAGGGUGGUCAAUCACAGUCCAUGAUCUUUCAGGGUCACCUGUGGCGGCCGCCUCGAUGGUGACCCCGUUUGUCCCUUCCCAAGGUUCGAAUAAGGUUAGCAAGUCUAACCCGGGCGCAUGGCUAAUUUUGCGCCCGGGUGAAGGCACAUGGAAGCCUUGGGGACGACUCGAAGCCUGGAGGGAGCGAACUGGGCCCGGCUCAGAAGGGCUUGGGCACAGAUUCGAGCUCCUUCCGGAUGCAGGACCCAUUGCGACCGCAAUGGGUCCUACAGGGAUCACCUUAGCGCAGGCCUCAAUUCCAGCUCGGGCUGGAGGGAAGUUUAGCAUCGAUGUCACCACCGGACCCUCCCCCGCGGGAAGCCCGAACAGCAGCUUCGACUUCGGAUCAUGGACCGGGUCGGGUUCGACAUCGUCAUCCGGGUCGGAGGUCGGGCCCGGGUCGGGCUGGUGGCCCGGCUUGUUGUACAAGGGGUUUGUGACCUCUUCAACGGUCGGAGGGGAAGGGAAAGGUAACAAACCAGUGGUAGAGGUAGGGGCUCAGCAUGUGACAUGCACUGAAGAUGCUGCAGCAUUUGUUGCCUUAGCUGCUGCUAUGGAUCUAAGUAUGGAUGCAUGUAGGCCCUUCUCUCAGAAGCUAAGAAAAGAGCUGAGGCAGCAAAGUGGGGAAUUUGUCGUUUGAUUUGAUAAGCUUUGUCGUUUUGCUUGCAAAUGAGGUUGAUUCUGAGCAAUUGCGGUGCUUUGUAAUUUUUUUGUUAUCAUGGGUUUGUAGGUAACGGCUUUUUUUUGGAUGUACAGCUUAAAUAUUCCACAAUUUUUUUAACAUCUUAUGGAAUGAGCAUAAAAAUUGCACAAAAAGGAAACUCUUUUGUC